UUGACGUUUACCAAAUCUAUGGCUUCAGAAUUGUUACAUGGGGAGAUUAUAUGACCACCAGAUAAAUUAGUUCAGGACGUAAACACCGCGGAGGCAGACAGAUCAGCUGAUUUCUGGCUGUGAUGCGGUUUGGUAGGAUUUCGCAAUUCUGAAGAGAAGGAAAUCUUGAGGGACGCAUUUUCAUUUUUCUAAGAUACCACAGGUAGCAGACAUGAGUUCAGAGAAACUAAACAAUGCUGGCAGUCCAUUCCAAGAUGCUGGCCUGGCCUACAAGAGAGAGGCACAACAUAGCUGGCUUGAGAAGCUUAAGACCUUGGACAGUGUCGGUAUAAAACCCAGGGUGUUUGUGAACAGAAGCCUCAGACUGGACAAGAUCAAGUUCUAUGGCUUUGACAUGGACUAUACCUUGGCAGUGUACAAGUCACCCGAGUACGAGUGCCUGGCCUUUGACCAGGUGUUGAAGAGAAUGGUGGAUAUAGGAUACCCUGAGGAGCUGCUGAAGUUUGAGUAUGACCCCUCUUUUGCUGUCCGAGGUUUGUGGUUUGACAGGACUUAUGGAAACUUGCUCAAGGUGGAUCCAUAUGGCAACAUUCUGGUGUGUGUUCAUGGAUUCCAUUUCAUGUCGGCUGCAGAGAUCAGUGAGCUGUACCCCAACAAGUUCAUCCAACCCCAGCCCAAUGACGACAGAAUCUUUGUACUGAACACCUUAUUCAACCUGCCUGAGACCUACCUCUUGGCCUGCCUGAUAGACUACCUGACCAAUGCUCCCGGAUCUAUCAUGGAGAAGACGGGAGUGCGGAUUGGGGAUGUGUUCAUGUCAUACAUGGGUAUACACAACGAUGUCAGAGCAGCUGUGGACUGGGUCCACAUGAAGGGUUCCAUGAAGCAGGAGACGGUUGACAACAUGGACAAGUAUGUGGUCAAGGAACCCAAAAUCCCCAUGCUGCUCCACAGAAUGCGUGAGGCUGGUGCCAAAGUGUUCCUGGUAACAAACAGCGACUACUGGUACACAGAGAAAGUCAUGACGUUCUUGUUUGACCUCCCACAUGGCCCAACGGAUUCUAAUGGAUACAUUCCUUAUAAUGGGCCCACCAUCAAGUCAACAGGAAAGACGAAGAAUGAUGCGCCCUGGAGGCCCUGGAAGAGCUACUUUGAUGCUAUAAUUGUGGAUGCCAGGAAGCCAUUGUUCUUUGGAGAGGGCACACCUCUCAGGAAGGUGGACUGUGAGACAGGGAAGCUGGCGUUAGGGAGUUACAUCGGCCAGAUGCAGCCCAACACGGUGUACUGUGGAGGGAACUCGGAGCUGCUGUCAGAGAUCAUGGGGGCCAAGGGCAAGGAUGUGCUGUAUGUCGGGGACCACAUCUUCGGAGACAUCCUGAAGUCCAAGAAGUCCCAUGGCUGGAGAACAUUCCUGGUGGUUCCUGAGCUGGCACAGGAGCUACACGUGUGGACAGACAAGCAGGACCUGUUCAGUAGACUGCAGAACUUUGACAAGCUGCUAGCGGACGUGUACAAAGAGCUGGACUCCAGAUCCAAGGACAUCCCUGAUAUCAGCAGUCUACAGAAGGCCAUUAAGGAAGUGACUCAUGAGAUGGACAUGUCCUAUGGCAUGAUGGGAAGCCUGUUCAGAAGCGGCUCACGACAGACCUACUUUGCCAGCCAGGUCAUUCGCUUCGCAGACCUGUAUGCCACUUCCUUCAUCAACCUGCUGUACUAUCCCUUCAGCUACUUCUUCAGGGCACCUCAUGUCCUGAUGCCCCAUGAGUCUACAGUGUCCCACAACACCAGGUUUGAACCAGAGAGCCCCAUGGCGACCAGAGCACGGUCCUGGUCCAUGGAACCCGAUGCCCCAGGAACUAAUUGGCCCAUGUCUCGAAGUGCUACCAUUGCCUGUGUAGAUGCCAUUGAAGAAGAAACAGCCAUAGACUCAGGCGAACAUAAUCAGCGAAGACGCACGACUUGGACUGAUGGACACAAGAUCCGACCCAUGCUGCCGCGGCAGAUCACCCACACUCAUGAUGAAGAUGAUGAUUCUGAAGAGUCUCUACAGUCAGAGGAAGACAGCAUGCCCUCUACAUCUGUGGAAGCAGCACAGAUGGCAGAGAAGUGAACAGAAAAUGUUGUAAAUAUUCAUCUUACAAAUGAAGCUGCAGCAUGGAUUCGCAUUACUCUGUUAUGCAAAGGUCUGCAUAUAUUGAUACACAAGAUUGGAUGGUGACUAGGGUGAAAGCCACUGAUUGCUGGGUUGGAUAAAUGCCAAAAAUCAAGUAGAUACAUGUACUUACAAGUGUUAACAAAUAAUGUCAAUUUGUCUCUGCAACAAGGACAGGUGUACAUAGCCGCUGUUGCAGUUAAUUUCUAAAAGUAAGAUGUCUCUAUGGUAACAGCUGAAAGAGUGAAAAUAAUCAGUUUUGCAUGCUUUUUAUCCAUCUGUCUUCCAUGGAGUUCACACUGACAAGGCUCUACUACUAAGUGUGUACAGAAAUGAAAAGUAAUGUUGAUUGGGCAGAACUAAAGUGAAGUGUGUUGUGUGUGUGUUGUAUAUGGUACAUACAAUCAAGUACACUCACUGGGUAGUCCCUUUGUUCCAUUGAAAAUA